UCUAUUCUCUACCCAAUCUGUGUCUAUUACCUCGUCUGUGAUCUGUCAACAACUGUAGUUACCCAGUGAACCAAAGCGAUACAAACUUUGUACAAUAGAUGGACCAUAUAGUUAGUAAUCAGAAAUUAAUUCAUUUCUAAUACAUGAACACACAAUCUGUGCUUAGUAACCUAACUGCCAUUAGUUUAUAUCAAUAGUUAUGUCGAGUUUUAGAAUAACAACAUCAAGUGUAAUUUGAAUUAGAAUUACUCGUGUCAUUGAGAAUAUGGAAAAAACUAAUGUAGCCGAUACAGAUAAUAUCAAAAAGACUUUAACUUUAGAGGAAGAGCAGAAAGUAAUUGAUAAGGCACCUUUUCAUCAUCUAAAAAUUACUAAUGCGCAAAUUUUGAAUACAAUAGAAGGUAGGAAGAUAUGUGAACGUUGUAAUAGAUCAAGAAAAUUUUUUUGUUAUUCAUGUUACAUACCUGUUAUUAGCAAGGAGUAUUUUCCAACAAUAAAGUUACCUAUUAAAAUCGAUAUCAUUAAACAUGCACGUGAAAUUGAUGGAAAAAGUACUGCAAUUCAUGCAGCUAUACUUGCUCCAGAAGAUGUGAGAAUUUUUACAUAUCCUAAUUUUCCAGAAAUAUUAAACAAAGAAGAGACUGUUUUAAUUUUUCCUAGCCCUACGGGUAUACCUGUGGAUUCCUUAUUCAUAAAGAAAGUUGAAGAGGAUAAUAAAACAAUUACGAAGACAAUAAAGAAUGCAUUUCCUAUAAAAAAAGCUAUCUUUAUUGAUAGCACGUGGCAUCAAACAAAAAUUAUUUAUAAUGAUCAACGAUUACGAGAUUUGAAAUGUAUCAUUUUAAAAUCAAGAAUAUCACAAUUUUGGCGUCAUCAAAAAAAGAGUCCACGAUGGUAUUUAGCCACAAUUGAGGCAAUUCAUCAGUUUUUAGUAGAAUUGCAUAUAUGUGCAUUUGGUGCAAUACAAGGAUAUGCUAACGUAAAACAUACUGAAGAAAAUUCCACAAAUAAUACAAUAUAUCAAAAUGUGAACGAGUUACCUGAAAUAGAUCAAAGAUAUAUAGGUCAAUACGAUGAUCUUUUAUAUUUUUUUAAAUAUAUGUAUGAGAAAAUUCAUACUAUGUAUGAUCAUGAUAAAUUAUUGGCAUAUAAGAGAUCAUUAAUAUAAUUCUGUGAUAAUAAAAAUUUUUAUAA